AUGGCGGCGGGGACGGGGCACGGGGGCGCGCCGGGAGACAGCGGGGCAGGAGCGGAGGAGCCGAGAGUAGAGGAGCCGGUGCCCCAGGAGCCGCCGGGGCUGGAACUGGGGGAGCCGGGACCCGGAGGAGCAGGACCGGAGGGGCCGGGCCCGGGACCUGAGGAGGCAGGACCCGGGGGGCCAGGGCCCGAGGAGCCGCCGGGGACGGAGCUGGGGGAGCCGGGACCCGGGGAGCCGCCAGGACCCGGAGGAGCAGGACCCGAGGGGGGCCGGGACCCGAAGAGCCAGGACACACGGAGCCGGGACCCGAGGAGCCGCCGGAGCCGGGACCCGAGGAGCCGCCGGGGCCAGUCCCGGAGUCCGCCCCCGGGGCCCCCGAGGUGGCCGGCGGAGCCCUCAGGUCCCGCUGCGGCCGCGGAGCCGCCCGCCCCCGGAGCCAACGGGGCCGCGCCGGGACCCUCGGAGAAGGAGGAGGAGGAGGAGGAGGAGGAGGAGGAGGAAGGCGGCGACCCGGCGGAGGAGCAGCGGGAGCGGGCGGCGCUGCUGGAGGAGCACCGCGGGCUGGCGAGCGAGCGGGAGCGGCUGCGGCCGGCGGGCGCCCUGCUGCAGCUGCGGCUGGGAGAGCUGCUGAGGCUGCGGAAGGGAGAGAGGCCUGCGGCGGGGGGAGGAGGCGGGAGGCAGGCGCCGGCCUACGGGGAGCGGCUGCGGGAGCUGAGGGAGCUGCGGGAGGUGCGGCAGUGGGCCCAGGCCGCCUGCGAGCAGCGGGUGAGAGCCCGCAGCGGGACGUGCCGGGAGAGCGAGGCCCGGGCCGAGGAGCAGUGGGAGGCUUUCCAGCACCGCAAAAAGGCCCUGGCCCUCCGAGCACUCGGCAACAGGCUGGGCGGCCGGGCGGCGGCUGUGCAGGUGGUGGACGGCGUGCUGGCCAAGGAGCAGGUCAAGGAGAGAGCGGUGAGGGAGGUCCGUGUGGAAAACGUCAAGGUGAAGCUUGAAAUCCAAAGCCUUGAAGCGGUCUUGAAAGCCCAAGGAGAGCUGUUAAAAGGCCAGAGUUUCGCAGACUUGGCGUACAUGAAGAAAGAGAAUCAGAAGCUCGUCGAAAAGUUUGAUGACCUCUGUGGUGAAAUUCUGAAGCUCAAAGCGCAGGUAUCCACAGCAGUGCACAUUCUCAGCCAUUACAGGGAGAAACUACGGUUUGUGGAGGCUGAGAACCAGGUCAGAGAAGCCGAACUGAUGGACAUUGACAUCCUUUUGUCACAGAAGAGAGACUUCCUCACCAGAAAGAAACAGGCCAGGGACAGGCUGCGGGCAAAUACCCUGAAACUGCAGCAGAAACGUGGGCUGGUUGGAAAUGAGGUGCUGCUUCGGGACUUUGAGGAGAAGGUGGACUACCCUGGAGUUGUUACGUCAGCAGCUGGAAACCCUGAAACGUCACCACACUGGCCUGAUCCUUACACGUAGGGAAAUUAGGAAAAAAGUCAGGGAAGCCAAUUCAGUUCUACCUUUUUAGGCAAAGAAAGCAUGGAAAAGAUAUACGCCAAGGAGUUCUCUGUAGUUCUCAUUUUUAACAUGCUUCUUUUUGGUAAAUCCUAGGGAAGAUAUUACACACGUACUCCUGAAAAAGACUUUUCUAAACGACAUCAAUACUUGGUAGUAAGUGAUUAUAGUACUCGUUUCUGAGUGACACCAUAUACCUAUUCACUUAUUUUUUAAAAAGAAAACCAGUCCAAAGCCUACACUUCUGGGAAAUCACCUGUGCUUGGUCCUGUAAGGCCAUGGCAAUAUUGUUUAGGCCAUGGCAAUAUUGUUUAAGCAGAGCACUCACCGCACUCUGAUUCAAACCCUGCUUCUACCACCCCCCACUAUGGUUCUUACACUUUAGUAUGAACUUCAUCUGUAAGCUAAACCUACCUGCCUUCUAGGCAGGUCCUGGAUUAAAAAUAAUUAAUUAUAAGGGUUACUUUUCAUAGAUGUGGCCAAGCACUGAACAGAGAAGCGUACUGUGAAAACCCAGCUUGCCUCGCAUACAGCCAAUACGCUGCAGAAGCACCAAAUCCCUCACCCAUUCUGUAAAUACAGUUGGCUGCAAAGUUUGUCUUGGUGGCGUACAAGAAGAAAUUUUUACUACUUUAAAAAUAUACAUCCAUCUUAUUCAGAACUAGAGUUCUGGUGGUUUUUUAUUAUUAUUUGUUUUACUUGGUCUUUCAACUUUUAUGGACCCUCAGCCUUGUGUGUGAUAUGUCAUGGUGUGGGACAAGAUACGGAGCAGCAUGAACCCAUCACCAUUUUUGUCCCCUCUGCACUGUUCAACUGUAGUGUCAGAAUUCCAGAAGACUGAAGAAAAAGGAGGGGAAGAGAAAUGUUCACGCAUGUAUGUGUAUACAGCUCACACAGCUGUAGUUCCAGGAAGCAGCUUCUGUUUUCAAAAUGGCGUAUUCCUAAAAUUCCCACAAGACACAUGAAAAACGGCAUCUACAAGACUUAUCUACAUCAUGCAGCUCUUGCUGCUGCGAGGGCAGCAUCGUUUUUCACUAAGGCAGGGGAUGAUGUUGAGAAUACAGAAACAUCUUGGGCCAGUAAAAUGCCGGAGUUGCGAUGAGUACGUUCUCCUUCCUGAAAGAGCUGCAACCAACCAGCUGAUGGGCAGCCCAAUUAUUGCCUGAUUCUUGAACCUAGCAAAUUGCUCAUUUCCAUCCAUUUCUACGUUGCUUAGACAGACCUGAUCUUUUUAGUCAGAAUUAGGUAUAGAAGGCCCAGACACGAGUCUUUAAAGGCUGUGAAUUUUGCAGCAAAGCAGCUACAUCCCAGUGGGAAAGAGGAGGAGGGGAGUCUUUUGGUCUCCCACCACAGGCUGGAAUCACACCCUGUGGGACCAGCAUUGCUAAGCUCUACUUGAGCUGCAGGUCCCAGCCCCGAAGUUGCAUACGUGUUUACACAAAGCACACAGGGCACUGAAUACACUUGCAAGGGGAUAAAAGUAGAUAAGCACGUAAAGACAUUCCCAACAACUUACUCCUUUCUCUUUUAAAUGAACUAGGUUUUCUGAACUCUCUAGUUAGUUAAAGGCCAGAACAUAAUUGGUUAUUACACUAUUGAAACUUACUUUUUUUGUUCUUUUUUGUCACGGAGAAAUGGCAGUCUUCAAAGAGAUCAGUGGUUUCUUACUUGGUACAGUCAUGCCGAGCAAUCUGGUUAUAUUCUUCUAGGGUCCUGACAGUUUUGCUGAACUAUUCCAUAAACAGAAAAAAGUCAAGUACUCUCUAACUUAGUAGCUCACAACCUGUUUAUGAAGACUGACUAUACACAACUAGGAACUUUUCACAAAAUGCCAGCGUAUCUAUCUGUUGCUGGAUAGUAAAAGGACACAAGUGCAACUGCCAGCCAUUUAUCAAGAAAAAAAAGACAUUAUAAAUCAUGACCCUUCACCAUAACCUCGUGUUUGGUAAUGGGGCUUUUCUCCUGCUGAGAAGACUGGUUAUUGCCCAGGUUGAGUAGCCUCUUAAUGUUCCGUGAAACUGCUUCCAUAAAUACUACUGGAUGAUUAGCAGUCACGUCUGUAAGAGAAGUAACUCUUAUCUUAUUAAUUAAAAUUCCUGCCAGGGAAAUUCUUAAACUUCUUGCUGCUUUUGGCUUAAGAGAAGGUUUCCUUCCAUCUCUUAACUUC